UGAGGAGGAAAGAGGAGGAAAAUGUGCUUGUUUAAAAUCGAGAGGGCGGGGGGGGAUGGAGCUUCGUGGUUCACUUGCAGUUGUCUGGCGGCCUAGAACAGACGGAGCUCCCGCCCGCGUUCCCUCCAAAGGAAACACUUCGUCGGCGCAAAAAAAGCGAGAGCACCGUUCUUUAGCUAAAUAAGCUCUCCAAAAUGGAAGUGGUUUGUGGCUCAGUGAGAAAUCGCGGACCGUUAGGCUGCGCGUUCUUCUGCGCUCUUCCGAACGGUUCUUUGAAACGAUUUUGCAGGCAUCCCGCCUUCAAGAAACGCCUUGAGCUGCAGAGAGCGGUCGCUGGCCUGAGCCCCGGCUGGCUGUGUUGCUCCCUGUGGCCUCCCCAAAAGUCACAGGUGUGGAACAGGGGUUUUCCCGACCGUGGGCGAGAAAGUUGAGGAGAAAGUCUCCCGCUGCUGGAGUGAAAACCAGUGCUUUUUUCAGUACAGUAAGAAAGCGCGGCAUGCCCGCGGGAGGCAAGAGGCCCGGCCCACGAGCAGACCCACGUUCACGUACCAAACAACGAAGAUCCAGGCACGAAAGUGGGCAGGGUGUUUUGGGGAUGUGUUCGGGGCAAUCAGAAGAGUCUUUGGGGAAAGAGCAGCUUGCUGGAGAAUCUGUAGAUGGAGUCUGAGGAUGAACAGGAGGCUGAGACCACCCGGAUGGCACAAGCACCUGGUGGGAACGCAGAGUCCGCUAAUGUCGAACAAGAUUCCAAACAAGAAGUGGCAGCUUGUUCGUGGGUGUGGAGGAUAGGGAGGCGCUGUAAAGAGUGGUUCUUCCAGUCAAAAUGCCAUUGGCUGUGCCUAGUUUUUGGAUUUAUACUGAUGGUCAUCAUCCUUGCAUUUGUUGUAAAACCUGAGACAUCUCACCACGGAAAAUUUCCUCCUGAACAGUGCCCCAGCGAGUGGAUAGGUUACAAAAAUAAAUGUUAUUUCAUCUCAGAGGAGGAAAAAAACUGGACAUCUAGUCAGACCUUCUGCGCUAAGAAUGAAUCCUUGCUAGCCGUUUUCGAAAACCAGGAAGAAAUGCGUUCUUUAACUAAGCGUUUGAAAAUAGAUGACUCCUGGAUUGGAUUGCGCAAGAAAGGUGAAAGCUUCUACUGGGAGAAUGGUAUUGCCUUGAAGGUGGACUCGUUCCAGAUACGGAAUCACUCGGAGUGUGCCUACUUGGAUGCCUUCACUAUUUCUACAUCAGCAUGCUCUUUGCCCAGGCGCUGGAUCUGUGUCAAACUUCCCUGAAGCGAGGACUUCAAUCUUCAUUUGAUAUGGGCGGUUAAAACACAUCCAUUGUACAGUCACUUUGGAUUGUGCAGCCACACUGUGUCAGACCAUCUGGAAGCCUAAAUCUGAGAGAAGAGCAUUUGUCUUGUCUUCCAAAAUGUACUUCUAGGUCUUCUCUCCUAGGGCAGAAGAGGAAUGCAUUUAGUAAUAACCUACAAUGGAGUCUACCAGUGUUGGCUGACAAAGCUGAAGAUUCAGUGGGAUGCCUGCCAGUCUGUUCUGUGUUCUGCUGCUUCUCAGCAUGUGACCUUGGGGAUACACAGCAGCCAGGGACAACAGUCAGCCAGCACACCUACAGAAACAGUUCAAUGAGGGCUCUUCAGUUUUCUCCAAAAAUGCCUUGUGCUCUUUGCUGAACUUGGUACUGACUGACUAUUUCAGUACAACAUUUCCCUAUCUGCCAGUGUUCUGACCUCACCUUCAGUCCCCAUUUGUCCCUUUUACCUCCUUUUGUUUCUGCCCUGACCUAUUAAUCUUACGGUUUUCCAUAAAACUUUUGUUCUUUUAAGUAAACAAAUAUACUCAGUCUGUACCCUGGCCAAUCUGCGGCCAUCACUGUCAUCAACAAUUCCUAUGGCCGGGGUGACAGGAAGUUCAGUACUUAUCAAAGGAAGGGACUCACAAAGUCUUUCCUACUCCGCCUGGUUUUUCCGUGGGCUUUCAUACUAAUGGUUACCCGGUUUGUUCGUGCUAAGACUUGAGCUUGUUCAAAAAAGCAACAGGCACCCCCCACCCAAACACAGCAUUAGUGACCAGUUGCAUUAUCUGCACAUCUAGUGCACAGUAAUCUGAGGAAAAGGGCAUGUUCAGAUUUUUUUUGUACCCCCUGGAAGCAGUGUGUUGUCUAUGCAAAAAUCUCCUGCCACUGAAAGGAGAGUGUGGCGUUUACUGAUCACAAAGUACAGGAAAAAAAUGUUCUGAGCAGACAGCUGUGGCACACUGGGACUUGAGAGCUGCCACCGUUUGCUGGUGCCCCUCUGCCGAAGCUUCCCAGGCAUCGUCAGCACAAGCCCUCAGCUGCUCCAUUCCUGGGGUGGGUGUGAGGGGUCCACAUUAGCUUCUCACAGUUGUUCUGUGUUGCAGAAAUCUCCAGCAGGCAGGUAGAGCAGAUAGCUGGGGGCAGUAAUUUCUGUUGCCUCAGCGAGAUGUGCUGGAAUUUCUGUUGGAGCCUUUAGCUGGCUGGUUACUGAAAGGACAUCAGCAGACGGUUUUGUGUUUCUCUACCACUUGCAUCAUACCUGCUAAUGAUGAUAGAGUCAUAGAAUCAUAGAAUCAUUUAGGUUGGAAAAGACCCUUAAGAUCAUAAAGUCCAACCGUAAAUGAUGUAGCAGCCUGGUAAGAAAUUCCUGUAAAAUGACCAAUAUAUAUGUGGUGCUAAAGGUGGCAGCUGUGUCACUGAAUUACUUCUUGAGAUGCUGUAUGUAGGGACACUAGUCCUGAAUCAAGUCCCACUAAUGCCAACUUCACACCCAAGCGCUUCCACGGUCAAUUGCACUAAGGUUAUCCCUGCUUUACAGGGGUGCAACUGAAGUCAGAACUUAUGCUCUGCAUUUCAAAAGCUGUGCAGGUCGUUAUGUCCUUUAUAAUUUAUUUUGAUACAAACAGGAUACUAAAAGGAAUGUAACGAGUCUCAAGGAGUUGCAAUAUGGAAGGCCCCCUUACUGACUUGCUGGGAAGGGACUGUCUGCAAGAGGAGGAGGAGGAGGUGUAAGACAGUUUGGGGCUCUUAGCUGCUGUAACUUGCAUGUUCCUUCUGGAAUUCUGAGAAGGAAAUGUAACCAAGAACUGUCGUCAAUAAAUUGCACUGGAUACAA